AUGGCAGAAUAUUCCAGUGAUAUAGUUUCACAGCAUCCAUUGUAUCUUGCAAUGUGUAGAUUUAUUAAAGAUGAAUUAGAGAUGUAUGAUUAUCAUGAUUUUUAUCCAGGUUGGGGGGUGAUGACAGUGGAUUAUCGAAUUCUAAUUCAAGAGUUGUUUGGAGUAGAAGGAAAUGAGGUAGCACGUUAUAUUAGAAGAAUUCCGACUUUA